UUUUUUGCAUACCAAUAGCAUUGGGAUAAUGAUGUGUUUGCGAGUGGAUAAUAGGUUGAAGGUCCACCCACUUGCUCUAUCACCUAGUGUGCAUAGAGUUAAUCAGUCGAAAACUGGCGUGUCGAUCGGCUACAGAGCGCUCACCAGUGCAUGCAGUAUAAUUAACAGCGCACGGUGUUUUUAUUUUAGCCAAAGAAACCCUUGGAGAUAUUUCAAAAUGAUAUUCACACACUCUUGCAACCAACCGACAAUCCAACUACCUAAUAGCGCCCUCAGCGGUGUGAACCUGAUUCCCGGGAGUGAUUACAAAGGGUACAGUAUGUACGAGGCUCGCAUCGACGCAGCACAGACCGUCCCUCUCACGUCUCCCGAGGACAAGGCCUGCGUUCACUACUAUUACUUUAUCACCGGCUCGGGAAAAUGUGAAAGGGAAGGCGGGAAAGAAGGCUACGAUGUCGGCCCAGACCACGUGGUGGCGCUCUCCUCUAAUAUAACGCACACGUUGAAGGUGUCAGCUGAGGGCGCCAUGCGUGUCUUGGUAGUCUACUAUCCAGACGUCACUGUCGCCUACAAGUCUCUGGAGUUGGUCAAAAGUUUGUCCGACCUGGUUGGCACCGAGAGGGAUAUUUCGUUUGGGAACGGGAAUAGUCGUCGUUUCACCGUCAAGAAAGAUGGCUUCCCACUGACGAUCACCAACACGCGUGUUAUGGCCUCGACGUCAUCCAAACAGGAAUACAAAAAUCAAAUCGAGGCAGCCUAUUACAUCGCUGGAACAAUGACCUACCACUGGCAAGAUGGCGACGGCGGCUGGACUGGCGAGCAAACUAAAGUGGACAAGAAGAACGGAACCAACUACUUCAUGAAUAUGCACGACAAGCACGAAAUGGUUGCCAGCGACAACGAUUGCUUCUGUAUCUGUGUUUUUAAUCCUGCUUUGACGGGAAACGAAAUCCAUAAUUACGGCAAAGAUGGAUUUUCGAGUUAUUAGGCGGCCUGACGGUCGGCUCGAGAUGCAAAGAUUAUAGUACCUCUUGAGCUCAAACCAAUGAAAAAGAUUAGCGAAGACGGUCAAUUAUAAGCUGUAGGGACAUUUCUUCCAUGAUAAACACAUUCAGAUUGAUUGUAUCUUAUAAUUAAGAGAUUUCGUAGGUAUAUGUGUGACAGUCAUGAAAAUAUGCCUAUUUUACACUAAACCAGGUUAUGUAAUUUUUAUUUUCUCUUUACUUAUCUUUACUUAUUUUAAUUUGUCUUCGCUCUUUACAGCCUAUACAGGUAAUAAUCUAUUGUUGUAACUUCACUUUAUUUUUAACAUCCUUCAUACUUAGACAUUUGGUCCAUCAUAUUCCUCAUUAAUCACUCUUAUUCUGCAUUUUGGAUAUCAUUUUGUUGAUCAUUUUCCAAGAUGGCGGAUGCCGCAAAGAUUUCCGCGCGAACCACAUAUGAUUGUGUUAAAUAGAUUUCAUUUAUUGUAAUUGUAAGUUAGUUAUUAUACAUUGUGAUAUUAUUCUUUGCUAAAGACCGAACCACAUAAUUUUGUCUUCCCUCUUUAGGCCUACGAAUAAAUCAGCAAAAACUAAA